GUCGAGAUUUGAUAUGCAUACAGUCCAUGGAUGGGAUGCUCAUGUUGUUUGAGCAGGAGAGUUAUGCCUUUGGCCGUUUUUUACCUGGAUUUCUCCUGCCUGGGCCCUUGGCUUACAGCGCUCGGACAGAUUCCUUCAUUACAGUGUCUUCUUGUCGACAGGUUGAGAGUUACAAAUACCAUGUGCUGGCAUUUGCAACAGAUGCUGAUGAAAGACAAGAAAAAGAGCAGCAAAAACUUAGUUCAGGGAAAAAACUUGUGGUGGAUUGGGUUUUAAACAUCGGAGAGCAAGCACUGGAUAUAUGUGUUGUCUCCUUUGAUCAGGCAGUUUCUUCUGUUUUUGUGCUGGGGGAGAGAAACUUCUUUUGCCUUAAGGAUAAUGGACAAAUUCGGUUCAUGAAAAAGCUCGAUUACAGUCCAAGCUGCUUCAUUCCUUAUUGUUCAGUGAAGGAAGGAACAAUAAACACUCUGAUUGGAAACCAUAGUAAAAUGUUGAAUGUUUAUCAGGAUGUUACGCUGAAAUGGGCCACUCAACUUCCCCACAUUCCUGUAUCAGUAAAAGUAGCAAAUUUACA